AUGCAGCGCGACGGCAACACCCUGCCACCGGCGCAGCUUGCCGCAGGGAUCGACGCGCUGCUCGCCGCUGCCAUAGGAGACGCCGCCGUGUAUUCGGCGCUGGUCCCAUGGAUCACCUCGCAGCAGGGCGCCGCCUGCUCCCUCAGCGAGUGGGCCGCCCACAAGCCGCAGCUGCAGCCGCACUUAGCCCUCGCCGCGCCCGCCGCGCCCGCCGCGUCCGCCGGUCCCGCCGCGUUCCGCGCCCGCGCGCUCGCGCUCGCGCACAGCCACUGCCUUGACGAGGCGCGGUGGGGCGCAUGCGAGCGCGCGGCCGCGGGCAGCGGGACGCCGUGCGAGCUCAGGCCGCGCGCGGCGCGGCUGGCCAAGCUCCAUGGUCACUUGCUGGUGAAUGGGCUGCUGCCCUGCCCCCUGGACGAGGUGUGCCUGCUGCUGAGCAUGCUGGCCCAGGCGCCGCCCCCGCCGGCAGCGCCGGCGAGCAGCAGCGUGGGCAAGCGAAAGCAGCAGCAGCAGCAGCAGCAGCAGCAGCAGCAGCAGCAGCAGCAGCCGGCGCCGGAUGCGGCCAGGGCGCAGACCCUGGGAGCUCCUGCAAGCGGCGCGGCAUCCGAGGGCCGCGCCACUGCGACCCCAGUGGAGGGUGCGGGGGACCUGGAUUUGCUCCAGUGCAGCUGCGCCGUGUCGCGGUACGCAGCAAAGGCCCUGGAAUGCUGCGGGCGCCUGCUGGCUGGCCUGGAUCCGCAUCUCGCGCAGCAGCUGGCGGGCAGCGCCCAGGUGGCGGCGCUCGCCCCGCAGCUUGCGCAGGCGCUGUCCCGCGCGGCGGCGGCGGGCCCAGUUGGCGCGGCGGACGCGCCGGGCGGCGGCGGGGGCGGAGGGUUUGGCGGGGCCGGCGGCGGCGAGGGCGGCGGCGGCGCCGCGCGGGCGCUGGUGCAGCCUGCCGUGCAGACGGUGGGGCUGCUCAAGCCGACGGGCGCGCGCAGGGGCGGCAACGGCGCGUGCGCGGGCGCGGCCGCCGACCCCGCGCUGAUCGCAAACAGGGAGAGGGGCCGCGACGCGUUUUUCGGCGCCCUGCGCGACGUCUCGACGCGGCUCGCGGCGUGGCGGCAGCAGCAGCAGCAGGAGCAGGAGCAAGAGCAGGAGCAGGGGCGGGGGCAGGAGCAGCAGCGGCAGCCGGAGAGCCGGCAGGCGGGGCCGGGCGCCGCCGCCGCGCUGGAGGAGGCGCUCAUGGCCGCGUCAGACUCCAUGUCGCGCCUGCUGGCCGCGCUGGCGCCAGAGAGCCUGGAGCACCUGUGCGAGUUGUUCACCGCGUGCGCGCUGCAGGCGGCGGCGACAGGGGAGGCGCUGGUGGAGCCGCGGCUGGUGGUGCUGGCGGAGAAGGACCCGGGGCGCUUCCAGAAGCUGCAGCGGCGGCUGGGACGCGGCGGCGACGGCGCGGGCAGCGGCGGCGGCGGCGGCGGCGGCGGCGGCGCGGCUGGGGAGCGGGGGCCCGCUGCCGCGGCGGGGCGGGUGCAGGCGGCGUGGGUCGGUGCGGCCAGGGGCCUCGGCGCGGCUGGGCAGCCACGUGUGGCGCCGGAUCGUGUGGGCUUGGAGGCGCAGCAACAGCAGCAGCAGCAGCAGCAGCAGCAACCGCACGCCGCAGCCAGCGGCGCCAAGGCACCGCGCAGCGGCCCCGGCCUCGCGCCCAGCUUCGCGCGUGCCAGCAGCUGCGCGGCGCUGCUGCGUUGCUUCCCUGCUGCGCAGCACGCACAUGUGUGCCUGCUGGAGGCCGCGGACAGCGCGCGCCUCAACGCGGCGCUGCUGCGCGUGAUGGCGGCGCGCAUCACGCAGCUGAUGGCGCCGCCGGCGGGGCGGCCGCUGGCAGGGGACGCGCUUGGGCAGCACUGCAAAGGGGUGGUCACGCUCGGCCGUUACAUGGGCAUGCUCGCGUUCGGCGGGGGCGCGCUGCGUUUGGAGGCGGACGGCAACCAGGGAGGUGACGGCAACCAGAGCCGGGACGGCGGCGGCACGCUAGCGACGGGGGCGGCGCUGCUGCCGCCGCUGCCGCCGAUCGACCUGCUGCCGCUGCUGGAGGCCGCCGCGGGCAGCGCAUGGGCCCUCGCCCUGGCGGUCCCCUUUGCUUGCAGCUGCCUGGGGGCGCUCUCGCGCCCAGGCAGCCGCGCCGUGCUAGCGUCGGCGCCGUCGGUCGUUGCCGCGCUUGUGUGGUUGCGACGCCUGCAGGCGGCGCCGGCGCUGCGGCCUCAGGGCGCGGGGUUUGGGCAGCUGGCGCUCUGCCUGCAGUCCUGCCUGGAGGGCUUUUUUGGUGACCUGGAGGCGGCUGGUGUGGCGCAGCGGCAGCAGCAGGCGCUGUCCCAGCAGCUGCAGCUGCUGCCGGGUGACCGCCGUGUUGGGCAGGCUCGCCAGGCAGGCUCGUCGCAGCAGCAGCAGCAGCAGACGCGGCGCGAGCAGCAGCAAGGCGGCGAUGGCGCUAGCGGCGUCAAGAGCGGAGCGUCCAGCCCGGGUAGCAGCGUCAAAAUGUCUGAUGUGGUGGCGUCCGUCACGGCAGUGCUGUCUCAAACCUCCCUCCAGACCAGCCUGCAGGGUGCCAUGCCCGCCGUGCUGCAGAAGCACAUGCAGGCUGUGGCGGCGGAAGCCAGGCAGCAGCUCCUGCCCGCGCCCGACGGCGACAGGGCUGGCGGAACCCAUGAGUGCGAUGAUGCAGCACACAGCAUGCAGGGCAUUGCGCGUGCCGUGCACGCCCUCUGUACCGCCCGCGCCCCCGGCGCCACUCAUGCCGCGCUGGAGGCCGCCAUGGCCGCCGCCUCGCGCCAUGCGCGCGCCAGCGCGGCGCCGGCGGUGCGCGCCCUCCUGCCCGCCGACGUACCGCAGGCCGCGGCGGCAGCCGCGGCGACGUUGGCGGAAGAGGGCUGCCUGGCCAACUGCGCGCAGCGGCUGCUGCAGCAGGUGCCGGCGCUGGUGCACGCGCAGCUGGCGCAGCAGGCAGACCAGCUGGUCAAGGCCAUCGGGCGCCAGCUGGCGGUGCACGCGCGCCUGACGGCCGGGGCGCCCUCUGGGGGCGGCGGCGUGGCGGCCGGCAAGGCGGAGGAAAUCUUGCAUCUCGCGGAGCUAGCUGGCUUCACCGUCAUACAGCAGCAGCGCCUGCAGCUCACCGUAGCCCGUGCAGAGGCGUUCUACGCCGAGCACAAGGACAGGCCAUUCUUUCCCGGCCUAGUCAAAUUCAUGACUUCGGGGCCGAUUGUCGCCGCGGUGCUGGCGCGGCCGGGCGCGGUGGCCGCGUGGCGCGCGCUGAUCGGGCCCACCAACUCGCUCGACGCGCGCGCCAAGGCGCCAAAGAGCCUGCGUGCUCUCUACGGCACCGACGGCACGCGCAACGCGCUGCACGGCUCGGACUCGGCCACCUCCGCCGCCCGCGAGGCGCGGUUCUUCUUCCCGCGGCUGCAGGCGCCCCCGGGCAGCGGCGCCGACGCCGAGGCGGAGGCGGAGGCAGCCAAGGCCUAUGUGGCUGAGAGGCUGCAGCCGACUCUGGCCGAGGCCUUGAUGUUCAUGGCGCGCUGGAUGCUGGAGAACAACCCCAACAAGCCGCGCCUCACGCUGCCAGACGGCGCAGCGGAGGCGGCCGCAGAGGCGGCAGCAAAUGCACGGCAGAAGCAGGCGGCGAUGGUGAUGCGCGCAGCGGCCGCAGGCCUGCCGCAGAUGAUCGGCGCCGUCCGGUCGGCAGACGGCACCAGCGGCGCGCUUGGCCCUGGCCAGUCUUCUGGAGCAGAGGGGCAGGACGAGGCUGCUGUCAAGGUGCAGGCGGCAUUCAGGGGCCACCAGGCCCGGCUGCAAACGGCAGGCAUUCGGGCAGAGGCGGGGGAACAGCAGUGA